AUGACGGUGACUCCGUCUACUUCCGAUGUCGCUGACAAGGCAGUUUCGACGGACGAUGGCAGUGGAAUGGAGGUGGCACGUCUCGAAGCUGUCCUCGCUGCUUUGGUGGAAACAAAGGUGGAGGCGAUUAAAGCCUCCUCAACUUUAAAUAAACGUUCUGGUAGUGCACCAGCUAGUCCUCGUCGGCUUAGAUUAACUUCCACCUCAACCGCUUCCUCUUCGCUGAAUCAUCACCAUCAUCAUCAUCAUCAUCACCACCAGCAUCGAAGAAAAAGUCAUCACUACCAUCACCAUCAUCAUCACCAUCAUCGUAAGAGGCAUGAUUCCGCGCCUUGCGACGAAUUCAUCGAAGAUGAGCACUAUCAACAUAAUUCACAUCGUGGUAAAGCAAGACGAAGAGCAUCGGAAAGUCCACGGCGUCCGAGGAAAAAGCGCAAACAUUCGAAAAGUCCAAACAUCCUUCACGGCGUAGUCCAAGACGUUCAACUCAAUUCACGGUUCGAGCUCAUCGGAAUGGAUGGCGAUCAAGAUCUCGCACUGAUAAAUUUCGAAAGGAUUGGAGAUACUUUCAGUGAUUCCUGCGAAUAUCCACAGUUACACCAAAGUGCCUGCUACUUUUCCCAAAGUACAGCUCAAUUAAAGAUCCACUACGACAACGACGAAAACUACAUGGCGUUAAACGUGGCGGACGAAUUAGAAGAAGAAGAAAUUUUGAGCGGCAUCGAGAAAAUCGAGAAGGCCCGAGAGAAGUAUCAUCAACCGCGGAAGAAGCGAAAGCGGAAACGGCAUAAAAUUAAGACUACAAUUCCACGAGAAGAAUUCGUUGAUCCCGAAGAACUUCCUCCACGUGCACGGUGGACGAUCGUCGCGACUGCUUGCCUCCUUCUUGCCAUGUCUUUGCUGUUAGUUGGUGUUACGCUCAGAAUGGCACCAAUUAUAGACGAUAUGGUGCGCAAGGAAAACGAGGAACUAUUGAAUUCUCUCAAUAGGGACUUCUCGGCCGUAAACAUAACAAUACCUCCCUGAGGAAGGUGUUUCGAAGCAGAGGAAUAACUGGGUUUGAUGGGCUUUUUGGAAAAAGUUGAGCCAGAAGAAGAAAGUACACAAAUGUAAUUGGACAUGGAUCACGCACAGAACAGAAUCACGACGGCAGCUUCGCUUUAGAAUAUCAGGAUGGACUUUUUAAAAGCGAUGGCGAAAUUUUAUUAUGGUAGUAGCUACGAAUGUAUUCGAGAUAUUUUAGAUCCAAGUCAGAGGAUACAGAGUUUAAUUUGUUCGUGCCUGCGCAGUGUACACGGCCAAUUAGUCAGUUCCACCAAUAAUAAAAACUUUUAAUUGUUCCCUGCUUUUCAAAAGAUAACUC